UUUUAGCAGCACCAUGGACUGCGAAAAUGCGUAGAACUUUCCUCCAGCACCACAUUGCCAAGGAGUUGAUUUCCUUCCCAUCCGCUUUCCUGGCUGUCCCGCCUUUCCCCAGAAAGCGGGGCAAUAGUGCCAGGGACCCUUCCUAACUUCCACUGCUGUCUUAUCCUCGGUUUGGCUCCAGUCUCCAGCGAGUGCAGCAACGCGGGUCCGCUUCCCCGCCUUGGGGCGCAGGCAGCCUUAGCGACGGAGCGGCUGAUCCCAAACUCAUUCCCAGGAGGAAGCCCUCCAGGACAAGAAGAGCCUUUCUUGGGGGGUCUUAGGCGCCCAAAGGGGCUCAGAAGGGGGGCUCAGGGGGGCGGCGCCUCGGGAGAAGCAGCAGCAGCAGCAAGGGCGGCACUCCUCCUCCGACCCGCCUCGUUUCUUGGCGGCCGCCUUCCUCUCUCCUCUUUCCCUGUGUCUUUCUUCCUUCCUUCCUUUCUUUCUCCUCCUCUGCCGGGACUUGGGAGAAGCCGGGAAGCAAGCCACCUCCUUCCUUGCCUCUCCAUCCCUUCUCUACCUCGUCUUCGGGGCAGAAGAGAAACUCCGUCCUUCUCUGGGGAGAGAGAAGAGCGUCUGGCGAGGGGAGACUGGCCUUUUGUGUCCCAGCUAUCCAAGACUCUACCAUUUCUUUGACUAGGCCGGGCACCCCCAUGAAUGUGACAGAUGUAUCAGGAAAUGGCACUACUCCCUGGGAAUGCAGAUCCCGAAUUCACCUCGUACACUUACAACAACUUGGAGACAUAUUGCGAAGUGCAGACAAAGAAAGGCUUCUUCUACAAAAAAGCCAAACUUCUGCACCCUGGAGAAGACUUGUAUUGCUUUGCCUGCCGGGAGGACCGAACCCGGUACGUAAUCAUCAAUGUAGGUGGCAUCAAGUACAGGAUUCCCUGGACUACGUUAGAAAAUUGUCCCUUGACCAGGCUGGGAAGGUUGAAAUCAUGCAACAACUAUGAUGAAAUAAUGGAUAUCUGUGAUGAUUAUGAUGUCAACUGCAAUGAGUUCUUUUUUGACCGCAACCCUUGUGCCUUCAGGACCAUCAUGACGUUUUUGACAGCGGGGAAACUAAGGCUCCUCAGGGAAAUGUGUGCCCUCUCAUUCCAAGAUGAGCUGGUUUACUGGGGGAUAGAAGAGGAACACCUAGAGUGGUGUUGUAAAAAGCGACUGCGGCAGAAAGAGGAGGAGAUGGCGGAAGCUGCUUUGUUUGAAGAGGAAAUGGCUGCUGAUGAAGUGCCAGAGUGUGCCUUCGAAGACACUAGCCGUUUGCGUUUGUGCAUGAGAAGGCUCAGGGAUAUGGUGGAGAAUCCUCACUCGGGGAUUCCUGGAAAGAUCUUCGCUUGCAUAUCUGUUUCUUUUGUUGCCAUCACUGCAGUUAGCCUCUGUAUUAGCACCAUGCCGGAUCUCAGAGAAGAAGAAGAUCGGGGUGAAUGUUCUCAGAAGUGCCAAGACAUCUUUGUGCUGGAGACUGUCUGUGUGGCUUGGUUUUCCUUUGAAUUCAUCUUGCGCUCCAUUCAAGCAGAGAGCAAGUGCGCCUUCUUGAAGACCCCACUCAACAUUAUAGACAUUAUGGCCAUCUUGCCUUUCUACAUCUCUUUGAUUAUAGAUUUGGCCUCGACCAAAAACAAUGACAAGCCCGGAGGUGGAGGCAGCGUUGGAAACAAGUACCUGGAGAGAGUGGGCCUGGUCCUCCGCACCCUACGAGCCCUUCGUAUCCUGUACGUCAUGCGGUUAGCCCGGCAUUCCCUGGGGCUGCAGACCCUGGGGCUGACUGUGCGCCGUUGCACACGGGAAUUUGGACUCCUCCUCCUUUUCCUCUGCGUCGCGAUGGCGCUUUUUUCUCCACUGGUGUAUCUGGCAGAGAGUGAAAUGGGAGCCAAACAUGAAUUCACCAGCGUUCCCAGUAGCUACUGGUGGGCUGUAAUAUCCAUGACAACUGUGGGCUAUGGCGACAUGGUGCCUCGUAGCAUUCCAGGACAAGUGGUAGCCCUGAGUAGUAUCCUGAGUGGCAUUUUGCUUAUGGCUUUCCCUGUCACUUCCAUCUUCCAUACGUUUUCCCGCUCCUACAUAGAGCUUAAGGAAGAACAGCAGCGAGCCGCGAGCCGGCAGCUUCACCAAACGGAAAACAAAGUCCCAACUGAUGACAGCUCCCAGGAAGGAGAUUCCACGUGUCCACAUGGGAAUGAUGGAGAGAUGGUUCAUCCUGAGACACAAACGGACACUAAGGGUUGCUGAUUUAAACUAAAUUAAAGACUUUGUAGAAGAGAAUGUGGCCAACUAGAUAUCUACAUAUCUAAUAUAAUCACUAAACCACUCCAAUUAUGGUAGUAAGCCACUGAGUGAAGGAGAGACUACUUUAUGACCAAUGAAUUCAGUGAUCAACGAGGACACUGAAAUAUUAUUGAGGACAAUUUUAGCAACCUUCGAACAAAAGACUGUUUAGGAGUAAAAAUGUUGCUGUUUGGUUUUUUAAAAUAGCAGCAAUUUUAGACAGGUCUCCACUGUGCAUCUAUGGGUGAAAAUAAUAUUGUUAAAGGGUUUUUAAAAAAAUAAGUGCCCAAAAUCCACAGUGAGAUAUGUGUGCCAUUGAGUACAAAUGAGACUGGAGCAAAGAGUAGAUUGCACAAGGUACCUUUUCUCCCCCAAACCUGUACCAGCAACAGAUUCAUGUUGUACAACCUCAUGGAAUGUGCACAGAAAGGGUCAAAGGUUAAUGUGGAAGCACAGGGAUACAGGGCCUUUUCUAGCUAACUUAACAAAACUAUCCCUAGUUUACCUCUGUUGUAGUUUUUCUUCAAUAAAAACAAAUCAAUAACCACGAUUUUGGCUGCCUGCUGACAGGCCUGACGUGUGCUUUAGCUCUUUAUGCAUUAUUUAGUGAACAUGCAGAUUUGCCACAGUAAGCUUUUGCAUCCUAGCCUGGAUGACAGACAUAUCUACAGUCUUUGCUAAGAUUUGAAUGUACAUUCUUUUACAAUGACAUUAUGAUGAUUAGUCUUUCAGCAUAUAUAUUCUCCUGCUGCAGGGCCAUACUUUUUAAACUGGAAAAAAGAACCACUAAGGAAAACCAAUGGCUUUCUGACAGGUAGCCAAUGUGCUCUGGUCCCUCAGCAAUCAAAACAAGAGUUUGGCUUUCUCUUUUCUCCAGCAAACACACCCUGCGGCCAUAGCUGUGGGAGAUUGAAAAGCUGCUCUUGCCUCUUUUCAUUCCCAGAAAGAAGAAACACUAACAUGAUGUUACAGAGAGUAAGUGAUACAAAAGCGAGUUGCACAUACAACUAUGGUACAGAGAUCAGAAUAUGCAAAAACUGAAUUCUGAACAUUUCCAAAAAGGAAGCACAAGACACUUUCAGUUUCCCCAGUACCAUCUAAUAGUUGCAGCCCCUUGGGCUCUUCUCUCAGGCCUUCUUCUCACACACCAUCCUAUCCUAUCCUUCCUUCUCUCUUUUCUGCCUCCCUGUUUCUUUCUCCUUUCCUUCCACACUUUCAUCUUUCUUUCCUCUUUCCUUUCUCCUUUCCUUCCACCAUUUUGUCCUUCCUCCCCCUCUCCCUCUUUCUCCUCCUUCCUUCCUUCUUUCUUUCCUUCCCUUUUGUCUUUCUUUCCUUCUCUCUUUCCACCCUUCCCUCCCUCUUUCUCCUUCCAACCUUUCCUUCCUUUUUCUUUCCUUCCUUCCUUCCUCCCUUCCUUCUUCCCUCCCUUCCUCCCUUUCCCUCCUUCCUUUCUUCCUUCUUUCCUUUCUUCCAUCCAUUCUUUCCUUCCAUCCUUUGGUCCUUCCGUCCUUCCCUCCCUUUGAUUUUUCCUCCCUUUCCCUUCCUUUUCCUCCUUCCUUCCUUCCUUCCUUCCUUCCCUCCCUCCCUCCUUCCAUUUUGUCUUUCCUUCCUUUCCCUCUUUCCUCCCUUCUUCCCUCUCUCCCUCGUUUUCCUUCCUUCUCUUUCUCUUUCUCUUUCUCUUUCC